CGAUGGUGGGAACACGUAAACGUCGUCCAGGAGAACGGACAGACCCCGAAGAAGAGAAACCGGUGACUAGGGAAGAAGACGGAGAAGAAGUCAUUGCUCAAAAGAGAGAAGCAUGCAGAGUAAUUGAUCAAGUAAAAGUUUUGAUCGAGGAGUGCCUCAUGCAGUAUAUGAACAAGGAAGAAGUGUUGAAUGAUCUCUGUACAAGGAAAGGAGUCGACCGUGGAAUCACUGAGACUGUUUGGGAAAAGCUUGUGCAGGACAACUCUGAGUUCUUCCAGCAAUACUAUGCUAAAACGAUGCUCAAGAAACAAAUUCUGUGCUACAAGUAUGUUCUUGAGAAGCAAGUCAGACUGACGCAUGAAAGAUUUCAAUCUGCAGCUGCUUCAUCCACAUUGCAAUCUCAACCAGAGAAUACAAUGAGACAUGGAUCAAACUCCGCAGGGACAAGCUAUAUGGUGGGAACGAACAAUCAACAGAGUCCCAUGAUACAUGAUGAGUUCCCUGCACUUGUGAGCACACAUGUUGGCCGGUGUGCUUCGGUUCCCACUGCAAGGGUGCCGAAAGGAAUAAUAACAGGAGAUACAAGAGCUAUAGCUCUUGAGGAGUUGACAGGGACAGCAAGGGUAUCAGAUAAUAGUUAUAUGAACAACUUGGGUUCUGGAUUUCCUGAGGGCAAUCUCAUGGGAAGACCCUCAUUCACAGGAAACAUGCUUGAUGCAUCUUUCAAUCCUGAGUUGGUUGGGCAACACUAUAGCAAGCAGUUCUUAGAUGCUAAUAUAUCAUCUGGAUAUUCAUGUCAGGGAUCUGAAGGUGCAGGAGGAAUUCCACCACCACAUGUAACACAAUUUGCUUCAGCUUCAGCAGCAAACUAUCAGCCAUGCGCUCAAAAUCCUGAGAACAUGAUCACCCAUGGCGGGGGGAUCUUCACAGACCUCGCUCCCGCUCACGUGAUGGGCAACUCGGCAGGCAUGCAAGCAUCAGAGAAUCCAUUCGGCGGAAUGCUUCAUGAGGUGGUAGGCGGAGGCACCAUGUCCUCUCCCUGCUACCCGAGCAGCUUCGAUUUCGGAGAUGCUGCUGUUCCUGCGAGUGCCAUGGAAGCUUCCGCCCCCAUGCUGAGAUCAGAGCCCCCAAACACCGGAAUGCUGCUCCACGAGCCGGGAGGGAGAGGGGUCAUGUCAGCUCCAUUUUAUUCGAGCAGUUCAGGAUUCGCGAAUGGUGAGGAAAACCCGGGAAGAAUGCCGGCAUCGGAUCACUGGUACACCGAGUUGCCUGCGGAAUUGAUGGGGAGAGAGAACACGUACUGGAGUGCUUCCAAUCCAUCGUCCCUGCAACAGCUUCAGCGAGCUGGACAACCAGCUGCGGCGCAUUCACCCUCGGCGUUCAUGCAUCGUAAUAUCUGAUUCAGGUAACAUUCUUUACGACUACGUUGUUUCUUCAUCCAAGAUCAAGAAGAGCAACAGGCAGAUUGUGGAAGCCACCGACCAUGAUGCACUUUGCAGAGCUUCCAAGGUAGCUCUGGCGGAGGAGCUACUGUUUCUGCUCUAGAGUUGUCAUGUCAUGCAGACCUCCACGAAGUCGAUCACAGCCAGUUUUCUAUUUUCUGCUGCGGAGUAUCUGUUUUGCUCCAAAUGUUGCGAGCUCUCAUAUCUUUGUUAGAUGAACUUGAAAACUUGAAACGCUGGUCUUCUUGGUCUGCAUUCAUCUUCCUGCUCUGCAAGUUGUACAGGUCAACACAUGCUUCAGGUUUGACAAGGAUGAGGAAGAAACUUACCUGUAUGACCAGCCCUAAUAGAACUCAUGGAAGAACACUGAAAUAAACAGGCCUUGGAAUCCUGUAUGCAUUUGCCAAAGGAGAACUUGGAAAGGAGAAAGGGUCAUCUGUGUGCAUCUAUGUACUUCCAUGAUUUCUGCUAAUGCUUCUUCACCUUCCAAAGCAGAGCUGCAGUUUGCUCACCCAUUUUGCUGAUGAAAGCUGCACUCUGCUGAAAUCCAUGCAUGUCCGAAAACUAAAGUUUAAUUGCUACAAUUUUAGGACACCUGAAAUUUGCUAAUUCAGAUUAGCAUCAGCUCAAUAUGACGAGGACUUCAAUACAACCUCUGUUGAGCUCCA